CUGUAUGUAACCAGAGCAUCUUUUCUGCCAGAGCUUCAGCGUCAAAGUUGAUGUUUUGCGGGGUCUGCAGAGUCAUUUCAAAACCGCUGUUUCAGUCUCUGCGACAAAAUUUGCUGUUGCGGAAUUCGCGAAAACUGACCUGCAGAAUGGCUUUUCCGUAUCCACAGGCUUACCGGGACGAAUCGGUUGUGGAUGACUAUCAUGGUCAUAAGAUACCGGAUCCGUACAGCUGGCUGGAGGAUCCUGACAGUGAGAAGACACAGGCUUUUGUCAACGCUCAGAACCAGUUGACGCUGCCGUUCCUGGAGCGCUGCGAGGUGCGAGAUCUGUUCAAGGAGAGGAUGACUGAGCUUUAUGAUUACCCCAAGUACAGCUGUCCCUUCAAGAGGGGGAGCAGGUACUUUCACUUCUACAACACAGGCCUCCAGAACCAGAGCGUGAUGUACGUGCAGGAGAGCCUGGAUGCAGAGCCGACAGUCUUCUUGGACCCAAACACCUUCUCUGACGAUGGGACGGUUGCCCUGCGAGGUUAUGCGUUCUCUGAGGAUGGGGAGUACCUGGCGUACGGCACCAGUGCCAGUGGCUCUGACUGGGUGGAGAUCCGCUUCCUGCGGGUCGAAGGGGCCAUACCUCUGGAGGACCGCCUGGAGCGAGUCAAGUUUAGCUGCAUGUCCUGGACCCAUGACGGGAAGGGCCUUUUUUAUAACUCGUACCCUGACCAGGAGGGAAAGAGUGAUGGCACUGAGACCUCCACCAACUUGCACCAGAAGCUGUACUUCCAUGUUUUGGGGACACCUCAGUCCCAGGACUGCCUGUGCGCUGAGUUCCCUGAACACCCCAAGUGGAUGAGUGGAGCCGAGGUAUCAGAUGAUGGGCGUUACGUUCUGCUGUCCAUCAGGGAAGGCUGUGAUCCAGUGAACAGACUGUGGUAUUGUGACCUGCAGACCACUCCUCAGGGUAUCACAGGGCUUUUGCCGUGGGUGAAACUGAUUGACAACUUUGACGCUGAGUAUGAAUACGUAACCAACGAGGACACGGUGUUCACAUUCAAGACCAACCUAGAUGCCCCGCGUUACCGCCUCAUCAACAUCGACUUCGCCUCCCCGGAUCAGAGCAACUGGAAGGAGCUCAUCCCUCAACAUGACAAGGACGUUAUUGUGUUCGCCACCUGUACGUACUCCAGCUACCUGUUUGUGUGUUUCCUCCAUGAUGUGAAGAAUGUGUUGAAAAUGUACCGUCUGAGCUCGGGGGAGGAGUUGAGGACCUUCCACCUGGACGUUGGCUCCAUUGUGGGUUUUACGGGCCGAAAGAGGGAUUCAGAGAUUUUCUACUACUUCACCUCCUUCCUCUCCCCAGCCAUCAUUUAUCACUGCGACCUGACCAAGGACCCCCUGCAGCCCCAUGUCUUUAGAGAGGUCACUGUCAAAGGCUUCAACCCCGCCGACUACCAGACCACCCAGAUCUUCUACCCCAGCAAGGACGGCACCCAGAUCCCCAUGUUCAUUGUCCACAAGAAGGGCAUCAAGAUGGACGGCUCCCACCCGGCCUUCCUCUAUGGCUACGGAGGCUUCAACAUCUCCAUCACCCCCAGCUACAGCGUCUCCCGGCUCAUCUUCGUCAGACACCUGGGGGGAGUCCUGGCCGUCGCCAACAUCCGAGGAGGAGGGGAGUACGGCGAGACCUGGCACAAAGCUGGCAUGUUGGCAAACAAGCAGAACUGCUUCACAGACUUCCAGUGUGCGGCUGAAUAUCUCAUCAAGGAGGGGUACACCUCUUCCUCCAAACUCACCAUCAAUGGAGGCUCUAACGGUGGCCUGCUUGUAGCGGCGUGUGUGAAUCAGCGGCCCGAGCUGUUUGGCUGUGCUGUCGCUCAGGUGGGCGUCAUGGACAUGCUGAAGUUCCACAAGUUCACCAUCGGCCACGCCUGGACCACAGACUUCGGCUGUUCAGAAAUCAAGGAUCAGUUUGAUUGGCUCAUUAAAUACUCCCCCCUCCAUAACAUCCGUGUCCCAGAGGGCGACAAGGUCCAGUACCCUUCGGUGCUCCUGCUGACGGGCGAUCACGACGACCGGGUGGUGCCCCUGCACUCCCUCAAAUACAUCGCCACCCUGCAGUACAUCGUGGGCCGCUGCCUCAAGCAGAGGAACCCACUGUUCAUCCAUGUGGACACCAAGUCGGGCCACGGCGCCGGCAAGCCCACCAGCAAGGUCAUCCAGGAGGUGGCGGACACCUACGCCUUCAUCGCCCGUUGCCUCAACAUCUCCUGGGUCAAAUAACCUGCAACCCCCGGCCCCCAGCCCCCCACGCCACAUCGUACCUCUCGUUCCCUUUCUGUCGUUCACUUCUUUCGAAUUUAACUUCUAAGGGCCGUUCACUCUCACUUUUUAUUCAAACGAUGUUAUCACACUACACCUUCUUUUAUAACUUUUCACAAACACCAUGUACAGGACCUUCCAUGGUCUUUUUACAGUUUUCUGGGAGUUUUUGUUUUUCCUUUCUCUUUUCCUUCACAUAUCUAUGGGGUCCCUCUGUAUUUGUCACACAGGAGUUAGCCCACAUUUCCCCAGCCACUACCACAAGCCCUCCUCUUCCUCCCCCCCCCUGUGUUUACUCUCUGCUCCCCUCUCUGCGUGGGCCUGGUAGGACACAGACUCUCAAGUUCUCUGCGGCUGCACUUGAACACAACUACAAGCCAACAUGCAGCACCUCUAGCAAACCAUACCCUCUCCUGUACUCAUGUGUGCAGUCCUAUUGAAAUAAAGACUACAGUAUCAGUGGGAUGUGUUGAAAGGGAGGGGGCUACCCAGACAGCUACUGUAAUCAGCAAAUCAGCCAUUAUUGUCAUGAGGUCAGAGCGUCAAAAGGUCAUUGUAAGAGAUCAUAUAGCAGAGCCUAAGCCUCCGACAUGCGCUUCAACACGCAGACUAUUUAUUUUUCAUUGGAGCGCGUCUUGGAGGCAGUCGGAUACGCAAUGAUUGCAGCAUGUUGAACUUCAGAUAGACAGUAUUGUGCAAAUGACACUAUAGAUUGACAGUUUUGUUACAGUGUAUGCGUGUGUGUUGCGUGUAUGUGUGUGAGUGUGUAAAUGUCAAUCCCCACAUAUCCUUCAGACUGAUGUUGAUUUCUACCUCUUGACAUGUGCUGAUUGUUUGCCUUUUAAAGGGAACAAAACAAUAAUGCCACAACUUCAAUAAACAACUUUUUAAGCA